AUGGUUUUUUUUGUGAUAUUGCUCUUCGCAGCUCUUGCAGCGGCUGCGUCGAUCAAUUGCGAGCCUGACGCUGUCAUCGGCUCUGGCUGGAAUGCUCAAUUUUACAGAUAUGACUAUAUGAGUUACGCUGGAUGGGACGAUCCAACGUUUUUCCUGAGCGGUUACAAAGUCAAUGGAACGCUUGGUAGCGUGACUGGAGUUAGCAAGGGUAACUUUGGCGGCAAUCUCGAUGUCGGAAUUCGCACCGGCUCCAUUUACGGUUACCCUAUUACCACCUCUAACUACACGGUAGUGUUGACUGGUUUUUUCCAGGCUCCAACUACUGGUACUUACAAAUUGAUCCUUAAUUCUGACAAUGGUGCUUCGGUGCAGUUUGGUGCUGGCCAGUCGUGCUGUAACGAUCCUGGAGGAAGUGUGGGGGGAAACUUCAAUCUCAAUGUGCGUGGUCCCAGAGGUGGAGGAGGAGAUCUUGUACUCAACUUAGCCACCGCCUCCUUCGAUUUGGUGGCCGGUAGAUACUACCCUGUCAAGAUUGUCACCUACAAUUGGUACAGUAAUUAUGGUCUCAACUUUUCGUACUACGAUCCCGCAGGAGCUUGGGUGCCAGAGAUGGGAGCUCACAUUAAGCAGUUGAAAUUCAACAACGCUGUAUGCUACACCACUGUGACCCUGACAUGGGGCCAGUCUGUCACCUCACUCACCACUGCUACUGGUGUUUCCACUAAUACUGUGAUUGUUCAAGUGCCAACACCAACUGUUACCGUGACUUCCAAUUGGGGUCAAUCUUACACAAGCUCCACCACAGUUACUGCGACCAAGGGUGGGACCAACACCCUCGUCGUAGAGGUUCCCUACUCUACUGCCACCACGAUAGGUCCAACAUCUGGAACACAGACAGUGACUAGUGGAAGUACUACCUAUGUCAGAGUCACUAGCGUGCCAUCCACAUCAACCACGCUUGGACCUACUGCAGGAACUGAGACCGUGACAACUGGAAGUACUACUUAUGUUAGAGUCACCAGCGUGCCAUCCACAUCAACCACGCUUGGACCUACUGCAGGAACUGAGACCGUGACGACUGGAAGUACUACUUAUGUCAGAGUCACCAGUGUUCCAUCUACGUCCACAACCAUUGGACCACACUCUGGUACUGAGACUGUGACUGAAAGUGGAACCACGUAUGUUGUCGUUACUGAUGUUCUUUCUACAUCAACUACUGUUGGACCACAAUCUGGUACUACUACUGUGACCGAGAGCGGAACUACCUAUGUUGUCGUUACUGAUGUUCUUUCUACAUCUACUACUGUUGGACCACAAUCUGGUACUACAACUGUGACCGAGAGCGGAACUACCUACGUUGUCGUUACUGAUGUUCUUUCUACAUCAACUACUGUUGGACCACAAUCUGGUACUACUACUGUGACCGAGAGCGGAACUACCUAUGUUGUCGUUACUGAUGUUCUUUCUACAUCUACUACUGUUGGACCACAAUCUGGCACUACUACUGUGACCGAGAGCGGAACUACCUACGUUGUCGUUACUGAUGUUCUUUCUACAUCAACUACUGUUGGACCACAAUCUGGCACUACUACUGUGACCGAGAGCGGAACUACCUACGUUGUCGUUACUGAUGUUCUUUCUACAUCAACCACUGUUGGACCACAAUCUGGUACUACAACUGUGACCGAGAGCGGAACUACCUACGUUGUCGUUACUGAUGUUCUUUCUACAUCAACCACUGUUGGACCACAAUCUGGUACUACUACUGUGACCGAGAGUGGAACCACAUAUGUUGUCGUUACUGAUGUUCUUUCUACAUCAACCACUGUUGGACCACAAUCUGGCACUACUACUGUGACCGAGAGUGGAACCACAUAUGUUGUCGUUACUGAUGUUCUUUCUACAUCAACCACUGUUGGACCACAAUCUGGUACUACUACUGUGACCGAGAGCGGAACUACCUAUGUUGUCGUUACUGAUGUUCUUUCUACAUCAACCACUGUUGGACCACAAUCUGGUACUACUACUGUGACCGAGAGUGGAACCACAUAUGUUGUCGUUACUGAUGUUCUUUCUACAUCAACCACUGUUGGACCACAAUCUGGCACUACUACUGUGACCGAGAGCGGAACUACCUAUGUUGUCGUUACUGAUGUUCUUUCUACAUCUACUACUGUUGGACCACAAUCUGGUACUACUACUGUGACCGAGAGCGGAACUACCUAUGUUGUCGUUACUGAUGUUCUUUCUACAUCAACCACUGUUGGACCACAAUCUGGUACUACUACUGUGACCGAGAGUGGAACCACAUAUGUUGUUGUUACUGAUGUUCUUUCUACAUCAACCACUGUUGGACCACAAUCUGGUACUACUACUGUGACCGAGAGCGGAACUACCUAUGUUGUCGUUACUGAUGUUCUUUCUACAUCUACUACUGUUGGACCACAAUCUGGUACUACUACUGUGACCGAGAGUGGAACCACAUAUGUUGUCGUUACUGAUGUUCUUUCUACAUCAACCACUGUUGGACCACAAUCUGGCACUACUACUGUGACCGAGAGCGGAACUACCUAUGUUGUCGUUACUGAUGUUCUUUCUACAUCAACCACUGUUGGACCACAAUCUGGCACUACUACUGUGACCGAGAGCGGAACUACCUACGUUGUCGUUACUGAUGUUCUUUCUACAUCAACUACUGUUGGACCACAAUCUGGCACUACUACUGUGACCGAGAGCGGAACUACCUACGUUGUCGUUACUGAUGUUCUUUCUACAUCAACCACUGUUGGACCACAAUCUGGUACUACAACUGUGACCGAGAGCGGAACCACAUAUGUUGUCGUUACUGAUGUUCUUUCUACAUCUACUACUGUUGGACCAGUUGAAGGUACUACUACGACAACUGCAAGUGACACUACGUACGUGAUUGUCACUGAGACUACACUGCUGUCUGUUGUUCUUUCGACUUCCACUACGACUGGACCAGUUGAAGGUACUACUACGACAACUGCAAGUGACACUACGUACGUGAUUGUCACUGAGACUCCACUGCUGUCUGUUGUUCUUUCGACUUCCACUACGACUGGACCAGUUGAAGGUACUACUACGACAACUGCAAGUGACACUACGUACGUGAUUGUCACUGAGACUCCACUGCUGUCUGUUGUUCUUUCGACUUCCACUACGACUGGACCAGUUGAAGGUACUACUACGACAACUGCAAGUGACACUACGUACGUGAUUGUCACUGAGACUCCACUGCUGUCUGUUGUUCUUUCGACUUCCACUACGACUGGACCAGUUGAAGGUACUACUACGACAACUGCAAGUGACACUACUUACGUGAUUGUUACCGAGACGCUUUCCUCUCUGAGUCAGCUUCUGUUCACAAAUUCUUGGGGAUGGAACACGUCGUACGUACCACCAAAUUCAGAGUCGAGCAAAUCCUUGACGAUGCACAGUUCGGAUAUCUUAACUGAUUCAUCAAUUACUGAAACUGGAAGCAGUGCAACUAGCCUUGAUAGCGAUUCAACUCUGUCAGCAACUCCUAAAGAACUGACUAAUGUGGUUUCGGACACUAGCAGUAAAACCGGGACUCUCUGUCCGGAAUGUACUCAUGUUUCAUCGUCUGAGACUGGGACUUCAGAGAUUUCUUCUAACACCGGAACGUCCAACACUGGAGCAUCUGAGACAGGAGCUUCUGAGACAGGAACUUCGAAGUCCGCUUCCAACUCAGGAGCAUCUAGCCCCGGAACUUCCAACACUGGAGCAUCUGAGACAGGAGCUUCUGAGACAGGACCUUCGAAGUCCGCUUCCAACUCAGGAGCAUCUAGCCCCGGAGCUUCCAACACUGGAGCAUCUGAGACAGGAGCUUCUGAGACAGGAACUUCGAAGUCCGCUUCCAACUCAGGAGCAUCUAGCCCCGGAACUUCCAACACUGGAGCAUCUGAGACAGGAGCUUCUGAGACAGGACCUUCGAAGUCCGCUUCCAACUCAGGAGCAUCUAGCCCCGGAGCUUCCAACACUGGAGCAUCUGAGACAGGAGCUUCUGAGACAGGAACUUCGAAGUCCGCUUCCAACUCAGGAGCAUCUAGCCCCGGAACUUCCAACACUGGAGCAUCUAGCCCCGGAACUUCCAACACUGGAGCAUCUGAGACAGGAGCUUCUGAGACUGGAACAUCUGAGACAAAAAUUUCGAAGACGGUUUCUACUGCAACUUCUGAUUGUCCCGAAUGUACUGAUAACGGCAAGGGAACUUUGGAAAGCACUACGCAGCAUAGUGAGACUACCACUGCAUUCAAUUCACAAAAGACUACCGAGGGCCAUGCUACCUCAACGUCAACUAUUCAUGGCCAAACCAAGGUCAAGACUGUUGAAACCUCCGAGUCUACUGGCCAUGGAGGCAUUGAGCCUCUGGCCACCAAGAGUCGUCAACCUGAUACCAAAUCUUCGCCCACAACAACAACUGAUGCGGAGAUCGGAGAUUCAACUGCCGCAAACUCAAUGCAGAGCAACACUGCCGCUGUUCAAAAAUCUGCAGGGACCAACGCGCCAGAUCACACGACCAUUACUAACUCUGCGAUAUUCGAUUCUCUGACGUUCCCAGUGUAUUCGCGGACAACUAUCUAUACGACUGGCGAGACAUCGCAAGCUGUGACGGUUCCUGGUGAGCUGGCUUCAGCUACUAAUACUUCUGGUUCGUCAGCUGGAUCGAACUCUGCUACUCCGACUGUGACAUACGCUGGAUUUGCUCCUAAAACAGCCAAAAUCUCUAUUGUGGCCAUAAUUUUAUCGGUAUUUGUGCUGCUUUAG